UUAUUGACUAUGAGGUGACUGACAAAACAUUGCUUGAGGAUGUCAUGAAUGGUUCGAUGAAUGCAAAAGAUGGCAGAAUCAAUAAUGAUGGAUACAUUUACAUGGUACUUGAAUAUGGAGAAAUUGAUUUGGCUCAUAUGCUGUCACAGAAGUGGAAAGAAAUGGAUAGUUCCAAUUGGUCUAUGGAUGAGAACUGGCUUCGUUUCUAUUGGCAGCAAAUUCUUCAAGCAGUAAACACGAUACAUGAAGAGCGCAUUGUGCACUCAGACUUGAAGCCAGCCAACUUCCUUCUUGUCAAAGGUUCACUAAAAUUGAUUGAUUUUGGAAUUGCUAAAGCCAUCAUGAGUGAUACAACCAACAUCCAACGAGAUUCGCAGGUAGGUACACUGAGCUACAUGUCUCCAGAAGCAUUCAUGUGUAACGAGAAUGAUGCGAAUGGAAAUGCGAUCAAGUGUGGUCGAUCAUCGGAUAUCUGGUCCCUCGGCUGCAUUCUUUAUCAAAUGGUAUAUGGGAAGACUCCAUUUGCAGAAUACAAGACAUUCUGGGCUAAGUUCAAGGUGAUAACAGAUCGAAACCAUAAGAUUACCUAUGGACCGAUUUCAAAUCCCUGGUUGCUUGACCUUAUGAAGAAGUGUCUUGCAUGGGAUCGAAAUGAAAGGUGGCGGAUACCUCAACUACUUCAACACCCUUUCCUUGUUCCUCCUGUAUCGUCUCAGUUAACAUUACCACAAGACCAAAGCUGUAAAUUGCUUCAACUAAUGGCUGAAGCCUAUGGGAAUGAUUAUGAAAUGUCCAAGGCAUUUUCUCGUCUCCAUCAAAUCCUAACUGACCCCGUUCCUCUGUUGUCAUCUCAGUUGUCCACACCACGAGACCAACACUGUGAGUUGCUCUCGCAAAUAUCAAGGCUUUGCUAUCAACUCCAGCAACACAUAGCAAGCCUUGGGAAAGAGUAAGAUUAAAGCAUGUAGUCACGAUGCUAAACAGGAAUUUUUUGUAAGGGAGAUGCAGUAAUUGUUUUUGCAAUGAGCGUUCUCUAUUGUGUAAUCUCUUGUAAUCAUUGGUACUGUUUCAUGUUAUGCAUGCAAAGAAUGUAUCUAAAAUUUGCCUGUGGUACAUUAUAUGUCUUAGGUUUUAUGUUUCUUUUUGCUUGCAUAUUGGUUCUGAAAAAAACAAUGCUCCUGUUCUCAUCUACCCAUUGACAUCAGAGAGCCUGAGUUGUACUGAACUGCUGAUUAUGCUCUAGCUUGCAUCUUUCAGGGCUAAAAGUCACCUUGUGAGAAAUUUCUUCUGUAA